GCUGCUUCUAUCCACCAUGGCUAACUUUUCUGUUGAGUGCCUUGCCAGGAGUUAUUACGAGGAGAUGACUCCAUGGACAAAGGAUGCCGCGCUUCAUUCGAGAUAUCUCAGUGAAAUGGUGGAAUUUACAAAGGAAUCAAGAAGUCGAUACUCUGCAACAUCGCCAAACAACAGUUGCGACAACUCUUCUGGGUCCGAGAGCGAAGUGGGAGAUGACAGCGAAGGGGAGGCCACCCAGCAGAGGAGACUCAGGACCAAGUUCACAUCCGAACAAGUUAGCAAACUGGAGCAUACUUUCAGCAAGCAGAAAUACCUGGGUGCCACGCAGCGGAGGAAAAUCGCCGAGGAGCUGAACCUUUCUGAAACCCAAGUGAAAACGUGGUUCCAGAACAGGAGGAUGAAACUGAAAAGGGAGGUCCAGGACAGAAGGACGGAGUUUCUGACAGUGCAGACUUCUCUUCUGCCCCCGAUGCUGUUUCAGCACCCCUUCCUCACCGGACAGCUCCCCGCCAGCUGCGGCUUCUACCCGCAACUGCAGCCGCUCCCCGCACCUCUGCACCAUCACGCCUCCCACCCUGUUCUCCUGCCGCCGCCAAACUACUUCUGAGGUCCCCCAAAUUAUCCCCCAAAUUCCUGUCUAGAAUCUAGAUAUUCCUCCCCUCAUUGCUCUCUCUAAAAGAGAGAUUUUAAAAGUUGUGAAUAUAAUUGCUUUUAUUAUGUCUGAAGCACUGCACUGGGUAUGUUUUGAUGUUGUAUGUAUCAUUUAA